AUGGGUGUCGGCCGGAGGAAGCUGGCCCUACUCUGGGCCCUGGGCCUCACCCUGGCCUGUGCCCAGCACACAGGCCAGGCCCGGGACAGCGCCGCAGAGCUUGGCCAUGAGUACCCGGACCUCCCUCCUGCCCCCCAGGGGCCUGGCGGCAACUCCCUCCGCGGGGUGACUAUCCACCCGCCUCUGAGGAACACCCUCCUGGUGCGAGCCUUGCACGCGGCGCACGGCGGGCGGGUCUGCAGCACGUGGGGCGACUUCCACUACAAGACCUUCGACGGCGACGUCUUCCGCUUCCCCGGGCUGUGCAACUACGUCUUCUCCGCGCACUGCGGGGCCGCCUACGAGGACUUCAACCUCCAGCUCCGCCGCGGCCCAGGCCCCAACGCCACCGCGCCCAGCAGGGUCACCAUGAAGCUUGACGGCGUGGUCGUCGAGCUGACCAAGAGCUCCGUCCUGGUCAACGACCGCCCAAUUCAGCUGCCCUUCAGCCACUCCGGAGUCCUCAUUGAGCACAGCGGCAGCUACGUGAAGGUGGCGGCCAGGCUGGGUCUGGUCUUCAUGUGGAACCAGGACGACAGCCUCCUGCUGGAGCUGGACGCCAAGUACGCCAACCAGACCUGCGGGCUCUGCGGAGACUUCAAUGGCGUCCCCGUCUUCAACGAGUUCUUCGUCCACGACAUCAAGCUGACCCCCACCGAGUUUGGGAAUCUGCAGAAGAUGGACGGCCCCACGGAGCAGUGCCAGGACCCUGCCCCUGAGCCCCGCGCGAACUGCUUGGCCGGUUUUGGCAUCUGCGAGGAGAUACUGAGCAGCAAGCUGUUCUCGGACUGUGCCGCCCUGGUGGACACCAGCAGCUACCUGGAGGCCUGCCGGCAAGAUCUCUGCCACUGCGACCAGGCCAACGUCACCAGCUGCCUCUGCGACACCCUUGCCGAGUACUCCCGCCAGUGCACCCACGCCGGGGGGCUGCCCCUGGACUGGCGGGGCCCCCAGCUCUGCCCCCAGACGUGCCCCCUCAACAUGCAGUACCGCGAGUGUGGGUCGCCCUGCACGGACACCUGCUCCAACCUGGAGCACUCCCAGCUCUGCGAGGACCACUGCAUGGCUGGCUGCUUCUGCCCCGAGGGGACGGUGCUGGAUGACAUCGGCCAUACGGGCUGCAUCCUGGCGCCCCAGUGCUCCUGUGUGUACAACGGGGCCACCUACACUCCAGGGACCGGCUACUCCACAGACUGCACCAACUGCACCUGCUCUGGAGGCCGGUGGAGAUGCCAGGAGGUGCAGUGCCCGGGCACCUGCUCGGUGCUGGGCGGUGCCCACUUCUCCACGUUCGACGAGAGGCAGUACACGGUACACGGGGACUGCAGCUACAUGCUGGCCAAGCCCUGUGACAGCAGCGCCUUCACCGUGCUGGCCGAGCUGCGCAGGUGUGGACUGACCGAGAGCGAGACCUGCCUGAAGAGCCUGACACUGAUCCUGGGCGGGGGGCACAUGGUCUUCGUGGUAAAGGCCAGCGGGGAGGUGUUUGUGAACCAGAUCUACACCCAGCUGCCCCUCUCGGCAGCCAACGUCACGCUCUUCAGACCCUCCACCUUCUUCAUCAUCGCCCAGACCCAGCUGGGCCUGCAGCUGGACAUCCAGCUGGUGCCCCGCAUGCAGGUGUUCGUGAGGCUGGCGCCCCGGCUCCGGGGGCAGACCUGCGGCCUGUGCGGGAACUUCAACCAGAACCAGGCCGACGACUUCCGGACCACCAGCGGCGUGGUGGAGGGCACGGCCGCCGCCUUCGCCAACACCUGGAAGACCCAGGCCGCCUGCCCCAACGUCAAGAACAGCUUCGAGGUCCCCUGCUCCCUCAGCGUGGAGAACGAGAAGUACGCUCAGCACUGGUGCUCGCGGCUGACAGACCCCCACGGCCCCUUCACCCGGUGUCACGCCGCUGUGGACCCCAGCGCCUACUACUCGAACUGCAUGUUUGACACGUGCAGCUGUGAGAAGAGCGAAGACUGCAUGUGUGCGGCCCUGUCCUCCUACGUGCGGGCCUGCGCCGCCCGGGGCGUGCUGCUCGGCGGCUGGCGGGACGGCGUGUGCACAAAGCCCAUGACCACCUGCCCCAAGUCGCUGACCUACCUCUACAACAUCAGCACCUGCCAGCCCACCUGCCGGGCCCGGAGUGACGUGGACGUCACCUGCAGCGUCAGCUUCGUCCCCGUGGACGGCUGCACCUGCCCCGACGGCACCUUCCUGGACGACACGGGCAAGUGUGUGCCGGCCACCAGCUGCCCCUGCUACCACGGGGGCUCCGUGGUCCCCAAUGGGGAGUCGACGCACGAGCAGGGGGUCGUCUGCACCUGCACCCAGGGCACACUGACCUGCAUCGGAGGCCACGCCCCAGCUCCAGUCUGUACCCCACCCAUGGUCUACCUUGACUGCGGCAAUACCACGCCUGGGGCCGCUGGGGCCGCUGGGGCCGGCUGUCAGAAGAGCUGCCACACCCUGGACAUGGACUGUUACAGCUCCCAGUGUGUGCCUGGCUGUGUGUGUCCCCACGGGCUGGUGGCCACUGGCGACGGCGGCUGCAUCCCUGUGUCCGACUGCCCCUGUAUGCACAACGAGGCCAGCUACCAGCCGGGCCAGACCAUCCGGGUGGGCUGCAACACCUGCACCUGUAAGAGCAGGAUGUGGCAGUGCACAGACCGGCCCUGCCCGGCCACCUGCGCAGUGUACGGCGACGGCCACUACAUCACCUUCGACGGGCGGCGCUACAGCUUCAGCGGAGCCUGCGAGUACACACUGCUUCAGGACCACUGUGGGGGCAAUGGCAGCGCCCAGGACGGCUUCCGUGUCAUCACCGAGAACGUCCCCUGCGGCACCACCGGGACCACCUGCUCCAAGGCCAUCAAGAUCUUCCUGGGGAGCUACGAGCUGAAGCUGAGCUACGGGAACGUGGAGGUGAUCGAGAAGGAGCAGGGGCAGCUGCCACCCUUCUCCAUCCGCCAGAUGGGCACCUACCUGGUGGUAGACACGGAUGUCAGCCUGGUGUUGCUGUGGGACAAGGGGACCAGCAUCUUCCUCAGACUCAGCCCCGAGUUCAAGGGGAGGGUCUGCGGGCUGUGCGGGAACUUUGACGACAACGCCCUCAACGACUUCACCACGCGGAGCCAGUCCGUGGUGGGCGACGCGCUGGAGUUCGGCAACAGCUGGAAAUUCUCCCCGUCCUGCCCGGACGCCCAGGCCCCCAGGGACCCCUGCGCCGCCAACCCGUACCGCAAGUCCUGGGCCCAGAAGCGAUGCAGCAUCAUCAAUGGCGCCGCCUUCCGCGCCUGCCGUUCUCAGGUCGACUCCACCAGGUACUACGAGGCCUGCGUGAGCGACGCGUGCGCCUGCGACUCGGGGGGCGACUGCGAGUGUUUCUGCACGGCCGUGGCCGCCUACGCCCAGGCCUGCCGCGACGCGGGCGUGUGCGUGGCCUGGCGGACCCCGGACGUCUGCCCCCUCUUCUGCGACUACUACAACCCGCACGGGGGGUGCGAAUGGCAUUACCAGCCCUGCGGGGCCCCCUGCCUGAGGACCUGCCGGAACCCGCGCGGCCAGUACCUGCACAACGUCCGCGGCCUGGAAGGCUGCUACCCCAAGUGCCCGUCAGAGGCCCCCAUCUUCGAUGAGGACCAGAUGCGAUGUGUAGCUUCAUGCCCAACCCCGACCCCACCACCGCCCUGCCGCGUCCAGGGCAAGUCCUACCGGCCGGGCUCCGCGGUGCCCUCGGAAGAGAACUGCCACCGCUGCGUUUGCACCGAGAGCGGCGUGCAGUGCACCUACGACUCUGAGGCCUGUGUCUGCACCUACGAUGGGAGGCGCUUCCAUCCCGGGGAAGUCAUCUACCACACGAUGGACGGCACGGGGGGCUGCAUCUCCGCCCGCUGUGGGGCUAACGGCACCAUCGAGAGGAGGGUCGAAGGCUGCACCCCUACCACCCCCACCCCCCAAACCACCUUCUCCUUCUCUACAUCCCUGCACGUCGUGAGCUCGACGCUUCCACCCAGCACACGCCCCAGCCCUUCCGAAAGCACAGCGCACACCCCGGGCACGUCCUCUGGAUCAACGCCUCCCACAGCCUCCGCGCUGCCCUCGUCCCGGUCCCCCUGUGGGGAGGAGUGCCAAUGGUCGCCAUGGCUGGAUGUCAGCCGUCCGGGACGGGGCAUAGACAGCGGUGACUUCGACACGCUGGAGAACCUCCGUGCCUAUGGGUACCGGGUUUGCCGAGAGCCGAGAGCGGUGGAGUGCCGGGCCGAGCGUGCCCCCGAGGUGCCGCUGGAAGUCCUGGGGCAGCGCGUGGAGUGCAGCCUGACGGUGGGGCUGACCUGCUACAACAGGGACCAGGCCUCUGGGCACUGUGACAACUACCAGAUCAGGAUCCUGUGCUGCUUCCCCCGGGCCUGCCCCACUAGCAGUACAGAGAUCACCCCUCCUGCAACCUUCACCACAACUGAAACUGGGCCCACGCGAAGAACCAGCGGGGUUACACCUGUGCCGACAGGGGGCACAGAUUCCUCAGCCCCUGUCACCACACCUGGCCCAACCCCUGCCUCUGCGACUAGCAAAGCACCUGGCCCAGGUACCUCAACACCUGGGAAAACAACCCUCUUGACUCCCAGCCCAACGCCAGUUUCAACAACAGUCUCAACCACGACCUCUGUGCCAACCCCAACCCCAACACCAACGCCCUCGAAGGGAACCACAUCUGAGCCAACCCAGGCCUGUUUGCAGGAAUCAUGCACCUGGACCAAGUGGAUUGACGGCAGCUACCCGGGGCCAGGGAGGAACAGCGGAGAUUUUGACACUUUUCAGAAUCUGAGAUCCAAAGGUUAUAAAUUCUGUGCAAAGCCCAGGAAUGUGCAGUGCCGGGCAGAAGCCUUUCCCAACACCCCACUGCAGGCACUGGGGCAGGACGUGAUCUGUGACAAAAAGGUGGGGCUGAUUUGCUGGAACAAAGACCAGCUGCCCCCCAUCUGCUACAACUACCAAAUCCGUAUCCUGUGCUGUGAGAUGGUGGACCAUUGCAGAACAACGACCAGUCGCCCUACCACACCUGGGCCCAUACAGACGACCACAGGCGAAACCAGCACUGCCUGGACCGCUGCAACAUUCUCGUCUUCCACACAACACAGCACUGCCAGCUCGGCACACGUGUCCCCAAGAACGAGGGUCACUCCCAGAACAAAUGAGCAGAACACCUCCUGCCAGCCACAGUGCCUGUGGACCAAGUGGUUCGAUGUGGACUUCCCAUCUCCUGGGCCCCACGGAGGAGACUUGGAAACCUACAGCAACAUCGUCAGAAGAGGAGAGAGGAUCUGCCACAGACCCGAAUACAUCAGCGCCCUGGAGUGCCGAGCCGAGAACCACCGCGACGUCAGCAUCCAGACGCUGGGCCAGGUGGUGCAGUGCAGCCCGGAAGUGGGCUUGGUGUGUCGGAACCGGGACCAGAAGGGCAAGUUCAGGAUGUGCCUCAACUACGAGGUGCGCGUGCUGUGCUGUGAGCCCCAGAAAGGCUGCACUGGCACACAGGUCACAUUUCCCAGCACCUCAAGUGUGAGUGUCACCAGCCAGACAGGUACCAGCUCCCAUGAGGCCACAUCCAGGGCAACCGCUGUGCAGACAACCAGCCCAACCGCAGUUCCUAUAACCAGCACAACCUCUGUGGAGACAACCAACACAACCCCAACUACAUCUCCUACAACCAGCACCAGCACUGUGGAGACAACCAGCACAACCUCAGCUCCUACAACCAGCACCACCACUGUGGAGACAAGCAGCACAACCUCAGCUCCUACAAGAAGCACAAUCUCUGUGCAGACAACCAGCCCAACCUCAGCUCCUACAACCAGCACCCGCACUGUGGAGACAACCAGCCCAACCACAGCUCCUACAACCAGCACCAGCACUACAUCCAGCCGAACCUCAGCUCCUACAACCAGCACCCGCACUGUGGAGACAACCAGCCCAUCCACAGUUCCUACAACCAGCACCACCACUGUGGAGACAACCACUGCGGAGACAAACAGCCCAACCACAGGUCCUACAAUUCGCACCACCACUGAGGAGAAAACCAGCCCAUCCACAGCUCCUAGAACCAGCACCACCACUGCGGAGCCACAGUGCCUGUGGACCAAGUGGUUCGAUGUGGACUUCCCAUCUCCUGGGCCCCACGGAGGAGACUUUGAAACCUACAGCAACAUCGUCAGAAGAGGAGAGAGGAUCUGCCACAGACCCGAAUACAUCAGCGCCCUGGAGUGCCGAGCCGAGAACCACCGCGACGUCAGCAUCCAGACGCUGGGCCAGGUGGUGCAGUGCAGCCCGGAAGUGGGCUUGGUGUGUCGGAACCGGGACCAGAAGGGCAAGUUCAGGAUGUGCCUCAACUACGAGGUGCGCGUGCUGUGCUGUGAGCCCCAGAAAGGCUGCACUGGCACACAGGUCACAUUUCCCAGCACCUCAAGUGUGAGUGUCACCAGCCAGACAGGUACCAGCUCCCAUGAGGCCACAUCCAGGGCAACCGCUGUGCAGACAACCAGCCCAACCGCAGUUCCUAUAACCAGCACAACCUCUGUGGAGACAACCAACACAACGUCAGCUCCUACAAGAAGCACCACCACUGUGGAGACCCCCAGUCCAACCUCAGCUUUUAUAACCAGCACCACCACUGUGGAGACAACCAGCCCAACCACAGUUCCUAGAACCGGCACCACCACUGUGGAGACAACCAGCACAACCUCAGCUCCUACAACCAGCACCACCACUGUGGAGACAACACGCACCACCAGUGUGGAGACAACCAGCCCAUCCACAGCUCCUAGAACCAGCACCACCACUUGUGGAGACAACCAGCCCAUCCACAGCUCCUACAACCAGCACCACCACUGUGGAGACAACUGGCCCAACCACAGCUGUUACCACCAGCACCACCAUUGUGGAGACAACCGGCACAACCUCAGCUCCUACAGGAAGCACAAUCUCUGUGCAGACAUCCAGCCGAACCUCAGCUCCUACAACCAGCACCCGCACUGUGGAGACAACCAGCCCAUCCACAGUUCCUACAACCAGCACCACCACUCUCCUACAACCAGCACCACCACUGUGGAGACAACCAGCACAACCUCAGCUCCUACAAGAAGUACAAUCUCUGUGCAGACAUCCAGCCGAACCUCAGCUCCUACAACCAGCACCAGCACUGUGGAGACAACCAGCACCACCAUUGUGGAGACAACCAGAACCACCAGUGUGGAGACAACCAGCCCAACGUCAGCUCCUACAAUUAGCACCACCACUGUGGAGACAACCAGCACAACCUCAGCUCCUACAAGAAGUACAAUCUCUGUGCAGACAUCCAGCCGAACCUCAGCUCCUACAACCAGCACCAGCACUGUGGAGACAACCAGCACCACCAUUGUGGAGACAACCAGAACCACCAGUGUGGAGACAACCAGCCCAACGUCAGCUCCUACAAUUAGCACCACCACUGUGGAGACAACCAGCACAACCUCAGCUCCUACAAGAAGUACAAUCUCUGUGCAGACAUCCAGCCGAACCUCAGCUCCUACAACCAGCACCAGCACUGUGGAGACAACCAGCACCACCAUUGUGGAGACAACCAGAACCACCAGUGUGGAGACAACCAGCCCAACCUCAGCUCCUACAACCAGCACCAGCACUGUGGAGACAACCAGCCCAAGCUCAGCUCCUACAAUUAGCACCACCACUGUGGAGACAACCAGCCCAACCUCAACUCCUACAAUUAGCACCACCACUGUGGAGACAACCAGCACAACAUCAGCUCCUACAACCAGCACAACUUUAGUCCCUGUAUCUGAAACAACCCACUCCCAAUCCCGGACCACCUCCUGCCAGCCACAGUGCCUGUGGACCAAGUGGUUCGAUGUGGUCUUCCCAUCUCCUGGGCCCCACGGAGGAGACUUUGAAACCUACAGCAACAUCGUCAGAAGAGGAGAGAGGAUCUGCCACAGACCCGAAUACAUCAGCGCCCUGGAGUGCCGAGCCGAGAACCACCGCGACGUCAGCAUCCAGACGCUGGGCCAGGUGGUGCAGUGCAGCCCGGAAGUGGGCUUGGUGUGUCGGAACCGGGACCAGAAGGGCAAGUUCAGGAUGUGCCUCAACUACGAGGUGCGCGUGCUGUGCUGUGAGCCCCAGAAAGGCUGCACUGGCACGUCUGCGACUCCCUUUGUGACUUCAAGUCCCCAGUCCUCACUCUCUCCCAAGUCCACCCCCGCAACGCUUUCCCUGGCGACCUCCCCCAGCUCCGCACCGCCCUCCACCUCCACGUGCUACUGCAGUGUGGCCCACAGGUUCUACCCGGCAGGAUCCAUCAUUUACCAACAGACGGACCUCUCCGGGCACUGCUAUUAUGCUGUUUGCAGCCCAGACUGCCACGUGGUCAGGCGGACCGACCACACCUGUCCCACCAGCACGCCACCUCCCACCCCGGCCACCUCCGCGACGGCGUCCUCUGUGACCGUUAUUCAGCGAGGAUGCCCAAAUGCAGUCCCCCCAAGAAUGAAAGGCGAAACCUGGGCCAUGCCCAACUGCACUGAGGCCACUUGUGAGGGCAACGGGGCCAUCACCGUGAGGUCGCGCCAGUGUCCAAAGGUGCAGGAGCUCACCUGCGCCAACGGCUACCCCGCUGUGAAGGUGGCCAACCGGGAGGACUGCUGCCCACACUACGAGUGCCAGUGCGUGUGUAGCGGCUGGGGCGACCCCCACUACAUCACUUUUGAUGGCACAUACUACACGUUUCUGGACAACUGCACGUAUGUGCUGGUGCAGCAGAUCGUGCCCGUGUUCGGACACUUCCGGGUGCUGAUCGAUAACUACUUCUGUGAUGCUGAGGACGGGCUGUCCUGCCCGCAGUCCAUCAUCGUCGAGUACCGGCAGGACCGCGUCGUGCUGACCCGCAAACCCGUCGGAGGGGUCGUGACCAAUGAGAUCAUCUUCAACGGGGGGGUGGUCAGACCCGGCUUCCAGAAAGACGGCAUCGUCGUCUCCCAAAUCGGCAUCAAGAUGUACGUGACCAUCCCCGCCCUGGGUGUCCAGGUCAUGUUCAGCGGCCUCAUCUUCUCCGUGGAGCUGCCUUUCAGCAAAUUCGCCAACAACACAGAGGGGCAGUGCGGCACCUGUACCAAUGACCGGAAGGACGAGUGCCGCCUGCCCGGAGGGGCGGUGGUACCCUCCUGCUCCGACAUGUCGGGCCACUGGAACGUGACGUACCCCGGCGAGCCGCCCUGCCACAGGCCUCCUCGGACGCCCACCACAGCUGAGCCCAAUACAUCACCCACCUCGUGCCCCCCGUCGCCAAUCUGCCAGCUAAUUCUGAGCGAGGUCUUCAAGCCGUGUCACUCGGUGAUCCCCCCGUGGCCAUACUACCACGGCUGCACCUUUGACCAGUGCCACAUGCCCAGGGAGGACGUGGUGUGCUCCAGCCUGGAGCUGUACGCCGCUCUCUGUGCGUCCCUCAACGUGUGCAUCGACUGGCGGGACCUGACCAACCACACAUGCCCUUUCACCUGCCCUGCUGACAAGGUGUACCGGCCCUGCGGCCCGUCCAACCCUUCCUACUGUUACACGAACGACAGUGCCAAUACCCUGGCCCUCCUGGAAGCCAUUCCCAUCACGGAAGGCUGCUUCUGCCGGGAGGACAUGGUGCUGUUCAGCUCGAGCACGGAGGUCUGCGUGCCAGCCAACUGCAGCAGUUGCCUGGGGCCCCACGGGGAGCCUGUGGAGCCUGGCCACACGGUCAGCGUGGACUGCCAGGAGUGCAGCUGCAAGGGCAGCACCCGGAAUCUGAGCUGCCAGACUCGGCCCUGCCCCCCGCCCCCCGCCUGCCCCGAGCCCGGCUUGGUGCCGGUGCCCGUGGCCCUGCAGACCGGCCAGUGCUGUCCCCAGUACACCUGCGCCUGCAACACCACACACUGCCCCGCGCCCGUGGACUGUCCGGAAGGCUCCCGCUCCGUCCUGACCUACAAGGAAGGGGCUUGCUGCCCGACCCCAAAGUGCGGCCGGACCGUCUGCAGCAUCAACGGCACCUUGUACCAGCCUGGCGCCAUCGUUUCCUCGAACCUGUGCGAAAAGUGUUGGUGUGAGCUGCCCGGUGGCCCCCAGUCGGACACGUUCGUGAUCAGCUGUGAGACCCAGAUCUGCAGCACCCGUUGCCCCGUGGGCUUCGAGUACCAGACACAGAGCGGGCAGUGCUGCGGCGAGUGCGUGCAGGUGGCCUGCGUCAUGAACACCAGCGACAGCUCUGCUCACCUCCUCCGUCCCGGCGAGUCCUGGCCACACGCCGGGAGCCGCUGCGUGACACAUCAGUGUGAGAAGUACCGGAAUGGGCUCGUGUUGGUGACCACGGAGAAGGCGUGUCCCCCCCUCAGGUGUCCUGCGGACGAGGCUCGGCUGAGCGAGGACGGCUGCUGCCACUACUGCCCCCCACCCCCAUCCCCGAACAAGUCGACCUGCGCCGUGCGCCACGAGCUCCAGGUCCUCCGGCAGCCAGGCUGCAGCUCCGUGGGGCCCGUGCGCCUCGCCUACUGCCAGGGCAACUGCGGGGACACCACCUCCGUGUACUCCCUGGAGGCCCACUCUGUGAGGCACACGUGCCGCUGCUGCCGUGAGCUGCGCGCCUCUCUGCGGAACGUGACCCUGCAUUGCGAGGACGGCUCCAGCCAGGCCUUCAGCUACACGGAGGUGGAGGAGUGCGGCUGUGUGGGCCUGCACUGCGACCCCCACGGGGGCCUCGGCCACUCAGGGGAGGUGCAGAUGGCGCAGGGGGCCGGGCGGAGCCAGGAGACGGGGCUCAGGCGCCGGAGGAGAGGGGCCCCGGCUCCCCGGCCUUUGCACGGCCCCGGGUGUGCAGUGGCCCUGACGGGCUUGCAGCUGCCUGCUCAGGACCAGCCCGGGUGGGCAGGGGUGCACGUGUGUGCGGAGACAACCGGCCCAUCCACAGCUCCUAGAACCAGCACCACCACUGUGGAGCCAACCAGCACAAGCAGAGGUCCUACAAUUAGCACUACCACUGUGGAGACAACCAGCCCUACCACAGCUCCUAGAACCAGCACCACCACUGUGGAGACAGCCAGCCCAACCACAGGUCCUACAACUAGCACCACCAUUGUGGAGACAACCGGCCCACCCACAGCUCCUAGAACCAGCACCACCACUGUGGAAACAACCAGCACCACCACUGUGGCGACAACCAGCACAACCUCAGCUCCUACAAGAAGCACAAUCUCUGUGCAGACAACCAGCCCAACCACAGCUCCUACAACCAGCACCACCACUGUGGAAACAACCAGCACAAGCUCAGCUCCUACAAGAAGUACAAUCUCUGUGGAGACAACCAGCCCAACCUCAGCUCCUACAACCAGCACCAGCACUGUGGAGACAACCAGCCCAAGCUCAGCUCCUACAAUUAGCACCACCACUGUGGAGACAACCAGCCCAACCUCAACUCCUACAAUUAGCACCACCACUGUGGAGGCAACCAGCACAACAUCAGCUCCUACAACCAGCACAACUUUAGUCCCUGUAUCUGAAACAACCCACUCCCAAUCCCGGACCACCUCCUGCCAGCCACAGUGCCUGUGGACCAAGUGGUUCGAUGUGGACUUCCCAUCUCCUGGGCCCCACGGAGGAGACUUGGAAACCUACAGCAACAUCGUCAGAAGAGGAGAGAGGAUCUGCCACAGACCCGAAUACAUCAGCGCCCUGGAGUGCCGAGCCGAGAACCACCGCGACGUCAGCAUCCAGACGCUGGGCCAGGUGGUGCAGUGCAGCCCGGAAGUGGGCUUGGUGUGUCGGAACCGGGACCAGAAGGGCAAGUUCAGGAUGUGCCUCAACUACGAGGUGCGCGUGCUGUGCUGUGAGCCCCAGAAAGGCUGCACUGGCACGUCUGCGACUCCCUUUGUGACUUCAAGUCCCCAGUCCUCACUCUCUCCCAAGUCCACCCCCGCAACGCUUUCCCUGGCGACCUCCCCCAGCUCCGCACCGCCCUCCACCUCCACGUGCUACUGCAGUGUGGCCCACAGGUUCUACCCGGCAGGAUCCAUCAUUUACCAACAGACGGACCUCUCCGGGCACUGCUAUUAUGCUGUUUGCAGCCCAGACUGCCACGUGGUCAGGCGGACCGACCACACCUGUCCCACCAGCACGCCACCUCCCACCCCGGCCACCUCCGCGACGGCGUCCUCUGUGACCGUUAUUCAGCGAGGAUGCCCAAAUGCAGUCCCCCCAAGAAUGAAAGGCGAAACCUGGGCCAUGCCCAACUGCACUGAGGCCACUUGUGAGGGCAACGGGGCCAUCACCGUGAGGUCGCGCCAGUGUCCAAAGGUGCAGGAGCUCACCUGCGCCAACGGCUACCCCGCUGUGAAGGUGGCCAACCGGGAGGACUGCUGCCCACACUACGAGUGCCAGUGCGUGUGUAGCGGCUGGGGCGACCCCCACUACAUCACUUUUGAUGGCACAUACUACACGUUUCUGGACAACUGCACGUAUGUGCUGGUGCAGCAGAUCGUGCCCGUGUUCGGACACUUCCGGGUGCUGAUCGAUAACUACUUCUGUGAUGCUGAGGACGGGCUGUCCUGCCCGCAGUCCAUCAUCGUCGAGUACCGGCAGGACCGCGUCGUGCUGACCCGCAAACCCGUCGGAGGGGUCGUGACCAAUGAGAUCAUCUUCAACGGGGGGGUGGUCAGACCCGGCUUCCAGAAAGACGGCAUCGUCGUCUCCCAAAUCGGCAUCAAGAUGUACGUGACCAUCCCCGCCCUGGGUGUCCAGGUCAUGUUCAGCGGCCUCAUCUUCUCCGUGGAGCUGCCUUUCAGCAAAUUCGCCAACAACACAGAGGGGCAGUGCGGCACCUGUACCAAUGACCGGAAGGACGAGUGCCGCCUGCCCGGAGGGGCGGUGGUACCCUCCUGCUCCGACAUGUCGGGCCACUGGAACGUGACGUACCCCGGCGAGCCGCCCUGCCACAGGCCUCCUCGGACGCCCACCACAGCUGAGCCCAAUACAUCACCCACCUCGUGCCCCCCGUCGCCAAUCUGCCAGCUAAUUCUGAGCGAGGUCUUCAAGCCGUGUCACUCGGUGAUCCCCCCGUGGCCAUACUACCACGGCUGCACCUUUGACCAGUGCCACAUGCCCAGGGAGGACGUGGUGUGCUCCAGCCUGGAGCUGUACGCCGCUCUCUGUGCGUCCCUCAACGUGUGCAUCGACUGGCGGGACCUGACCAACCACACAUGCCCUUUCACCUGCCCUGCUGACAAGGUGUACCGGCCCUGCGGCCCGUCCAACCCUUCCUACUGUUACACGAACGACAGUGCCAAUACCCUGGCCCUCCUGGAAGCCAUUCCCAUCACGGAAGGCUGCUUCUGCCGGGAGGACAUGGUGCUGUUCAGCUCGAGCACGGAGGUCUGCGUGCCAGCCAACUGCAGCAGUUGCCUGGGGCCCCACGGGGAGCCUGUGGAGCCUGGCCACACGGUCAGCGUGGACUGCCAGGAGUGCAGCUGCAAGGGCAGCACCCGGAAUCUGAGCUGCCAGACUCGGCCCUGCCCCCCGCCCCCCGCCUGCCCCGAGCCCGGCUUGGUGCCGGUGCCCGUGGCCCUGCAGACCGGCCAGUGCUGUCCCCAGUACACCUGCGCCUGCAACACCACACACUGCCCCGCGCCCGUGGACUGUCCGGAAGGCUCCCGCUCCGUCCUGACCUACAAGGAAGGGGCUUGCUGCCCGACCCCAAAGUGCGGCCGGACCGUCUGCAGCAUCAACGGCACCUUGUACCAGCCUGGCGCCAUCGUUUCCUCGAACCUGUGCGAAAAGUGUUGGUGUGAGCUGCCCGGUGGCCCCCAGUCGGACACGUUCGUGAUCAGCUGUGAGACCCAGAUCUGCAGCACCCGUUGCCCCGUGGGCUUCGAGUACCAGACACAGAGCGGGCAGUGCUGCGGCGAGUGCGUGCAGGUGGCCUGCGUCAUGAACACCAGCGACAGCUCUGCUCACCUCCUCCGUCCCGGCGAGUCCUGGCCACACGCCGGGAGCCGCUGCGUGACACAUCAGUGUGAGAAGUACCGGAAUGGGCUCGUGUUGGUGACCACGGAGAAGGCGUGUCCCCCCCUCAGGUGUCCUGCGGACGAGGCUCGGCUGAGCGAGGACGGCUGCUGCCACUACUGCCCCCCACCCCCAUCCCCGAACAAGUCGACCUGCGCCGUGCGCCACGAGCUCCAGGUCCUCCGGCAGCCAGGCUGCAGCUCCGUGGGGCCCGUGCGCCUCGCCUACUGCCAGGGCAACUGCGGGGACACCACCUCCGUGUACUCCCUGGAGGCCCACUCUGUGAGGCACACGUGCCGCUGCUGCCGUGAGCUGCGCGCCUCUCUGCGGAACGUGACCCUGCAUUGCGAGGACGGCUCCAGCCAGGCCUUCAGCUACACGGAGGUGGAGGAGUGCGGCUGUGUGGGCCUGCACUGCGACCCCCACGGGGGCCUCGGCCACUCAGGGGAGGUGCAGAUGGCGCAGGGGGCCGGGCGGAGCCAGGAGACGGGGCUCAGGCGCCGGAGGAGAGGGGCCCCGGCUCCCCGGCCUUUGCAGUAG